UCGAUCUACUCUCGUGUGCGGCAGUUUCAAAAUCGCUGUGUUAUAAGAGUCUUGCACAGUAGUCAUUUUCACAUAGUGUUCAUUACAAGUUAUUAUCCCAGCAUAAAUGGCAUGUUAAGUCCGGUGACACCAUAAGACGUAGCGUGUGCGUGAUCUGAGGCAAUGUCAAUGUCUUCUGUUACAACACAACACUCCAGGCCCUUGUGCGUUUUCAUGACUAUUGUUCCUGGGGCAUAUGUGGUCGAUGUAAUUUUAAUCUCCACAUCGCCUACGACAGGUGCUGAGUUUGUUGUGUCCAAAGCAUCUGAAGGCCGGCCAGGAACAACGGCGUCGAAGUUUGUAAAGGAUAAAGUCGUCGAAGAGGUGGAGUUUCAGAAAUCUCACAUUGAGAAUACUUCAUUUGAGGAGAUAUUAGAGCAAAUCGGCAGCUACGGAAAGUUCCAGAUACAAUUGAGCAUUGUCUUCUGUUGCCUGACACAAUUUUUUUCUUCAAUGUCUUCCUACGGCAUGCUCAUUGCCCUUACAGUACCUGAACACUGGUGCCAAGUUCCAGGAAGAGAAGGUACCAAUUCAACCAUAGAAAUGUGGAAGAAAGUGACAAUACCAAGGGUAGAAGAAGUGUACAGCAGUUGCGAGAUGAAGGUACCAAACCGAACGAAUGAAACAGCACCGUGUAUGUAUGGAUGGGAAUAUGACGACACUUGGUUUUCUGCAACUGCUGCUUCCCAGGAAGACUGGGUAUGCGAAAGAGAAAUGUAUCCUAACACCAUAUAUUCUGUCAGUCACUUUAUCUCCAUCGGUUUUGCUGUUCUGCUUUUCUACGUUGGUGACAGAUUUGGCCGGAGAAUACAGUUUCUUAUGAGCAUGGGCAUGAUGGCAGUAUCCCGAUCAUUGCUAACUGUUUCAGCAUCAGUCUUCCCACUGUACGUCGCUCUCUCAGCGGUGGCAGAGAGUCCAGGCUUGUCUAGCUCAGAAUCAGCUAUAGCUAUUGGAAUCGAACUUACUGGCAUCAAACAUCGCUCGCUCGUCAACUUUUUGGCAGUUGCCUUUUACUGUUUGGGAACAAUUUCUAUAGCGCUAGCAGCAUGGUUGUUACGAAACUGGAUUCAGUUUCUGUUGAUUUCAUCUGUCCCCUGCUUCAUUCCAUUGUUGCUACAUAGGUAUUUGCCAGAAUCUCCCAGAUGGCUGCUCGGUAAAGGGCGCCCAGAGGAAGCUCUCAAGGUCCUGGAGAGUGUAGCAGCAACAAAUGGAAAGCCCCUACCUUGUGACACAUGGAUGAGGCUUGCUUACCUGUCAGAGCAGAGGACUCCACGCAUGGACAUCAGAAGCAUCGUUACGAACAGGAACCUCUUUAAAAACACGGUUUUGUUGGUUAUUAGCAGGUCAGCGGGUUCUCUUGUCCUUUACACGCUACUUUUCCACAAUAAAAGUUUUGGAGGGAAUCCUUUCGUUGCAUACGUUGGCCAGGGUGUCUUGAUGAUGGUUUCUUGCACACUGGCACACUUCAUUGGAAACCAUCUCGGCAGACGAUUUACACACUGCCUGGUAUUACUGAUUAGCGCCCUUGUUUCUUUCAUUCUCGUGGUGCUGACAACAGUAUCUUCUGAAAAAUGGCUCAUACCCAUUGGGUCUCUGAUGAUACAGUUCUUCUCCAGUUCGUCUUUAUUACUUACGAACUUACAGGGCAUGGAAAUACAUCCUACACGUUUACGCCAAACAUCCAUCGCCGUCGAAUAUUUAAUUGUCUCUUGCGUCAUGUGUGCAAAUCCGUACCUUUCAUACCUGGGAAACACUGCUGGACAGCAUUACCUAUUUGGGAUACUUGGCAUCGUGAUGAUUUUUACAUCAAUUUUGAUGUCAUUUUUACCAGAAUCAUUGAAUGAGAAGCUUCCAGAGACAAUGAAAGACGCAGCACUCUACGGUUGUGACCAGAAGUUCUGGAGUCUUCCCAGGAGCAAGCCCAGCUUACCAGAGACUGUUACACUCUACAAACCUGAUAUUUGAGCACGUAUACUGAUGGAUAAUUUCAAAGUACAGUGCAAGAAAGUAGUUUACACUGUAGCACCAAACUUUCGACGUUAAACCACUUUGUCAGUUGCAAGCGUCGCUUAGUCACUUAAUCAGUAACAGUUUUAUUUCAUGAGCCUGAAACAUGGUGGACCACAAUUUCAGUCUGUUCCAAACAAAACUUUGGUGGUUGUUGCUGAGGACUGAACUAAGAACUUUCACUUCAGUGGACAGUAACAGCUAUCACUACGCCAUGCGAGCAGUAUUUGUUGUUUUUGUUACAGUUUGAAAUUAGACGUUUGUUGAUUAGUACUCUACAAAAGUGGGAACAGUAGAUGCAUGAAAAAUAGCUGUUGCAAAAAUCUUUACUACCUAUUCUUAACAGCACAUAACUUCCCAGCAGGAUCCUCCGAUUACUGAGAUUACUUGAAUUUCGUUAGUGCUGUCAGAGCCCUUGGCAAGAAAACUGGCAAAUGUAACAGAAUUUAUUGUAGAAACAGUAUAAAGUGAAGAAAUAAAGUAAGGACGGAAAGGUGCCUAAUAAAGAAGUAUCCCUAGCAGUGGGAUCGACUUUCUGAAACCAUCUAUCCAGUUUUGAAACCA